GAAACUGUUUUGUUCUCAUCGCAGGCUACAAUACCGACCUGUCCUCUAGAAAAAGGACAUUAAGUCACUCUGAAGAUGAUUCAUGUGACUCAUUUAGAAGCAAGAAACCAAAUGGAUUUCCUGAAAUGCGGAGAAAUAGCAACACAUCAAAUGCAGCCAUUGUUACCCAAACUGACAGCGGUCACAAGAGACCUGCAGAAGUAAUGGAAGAUUUAGACCGCAAAAAGUUAAGAGUGUGUGAGGAAUCUCGUUCAGGAUCUCCUUCAGGCGAUUCUGCUGAAACCGACCAGGAUGAUACAGAUAAACAAAAUAUGGAAGAAGAAAGGUUGUUGAACUCACCUAAGACAAUACCUGAACGAAUAAGAACUCCUGAUUGUUUUCGGGACCUUGACUCUCCAAUUGGAAGUGCUGAUGAUAAGACUGAAACAGCCUCUGUUUCAACAGACUUACCAUUUCUUCGCAAGCUACACAAGAAAGAAUUGUCAAAAAUGAGUCGCAGUGAUUUGGAAGAACUUGUCGUCCAAAAGAUAUGUGAAGCAAUUACUGAACGAAGUAUUGUUGGUGACCUUCGCAUCCGUUGCCAAGAACUAGAAAAACGUCAAGAAAAAGAGCAUGAGAAAUUCAGUAAAUUACGUAAACAGAUGACUGAACUUGGAUUAGUUGUGAAAAAGUAUAUGGAACAGCAGAGUAAAAAUCCGGCUGCCAAAAUAAUUAAGAUAACGCGAUCUGUUGGUCUCCAAGUAUGCCAAAGCAUCAAGCAUGUGCAGCCUUGUCCAACAGCAGUGCGCACACGGUUGGCUCCAUCACCAAAUUCUAAAGUGUCACCACCCUUGAGCAAACCAGCUCCUGCCAAUCCAUUAAGACCUGACUUGUCUGGUCCUGAAAUAUCAUGUCAAGUUAGGACUCCUGUUAAAUCAUAUAGAAAUUCUUCUACUAGCCCCCGUUCAAAUAUUGUGUCCUCAACUGAUCCUCCAUCAUUGGUUCCAACUGGAUCUCAAAGAGUGGAGAAAGUUGUUGUAUCAGUGCCAAGUAAACCACCAUUAACACCAUCGCCUCGACUUCCAGUCCCCACUCUUCAACAACUCUCAGGAGCACGCCCCAGGUUAAACAUUCCUACCUCAGCUUCAUCUGCACCUCCAUUAAUAGCUACAUCUCAGCCAAAGUUACAGUCUUCUCCAAUUAGGCAGAGCCAACCUCAGAGUACAAAUCGUCCAUCUGUUGCAACUAGUAGUGAUGUAGAGGUUAUUGAUAUAAUUGACAAUGACAAAACUAAAAAACCAGGUAUGCAAGCAGGCGUUCAAAUAUCUGUUACCCAGCAGGUGCAACAGCAAAAACAAGCUGCCAAUGCAGCUGCUCAAAAUUUAGCUACAAAUAGUGGAAUGACAGUUCGUCUUAUAUCACCCACGCAGGUUUCUCAGGCUGGUGUUCUCUCCUCUGGUUUCCCACAAUUAAUUAUGAGUAAUCCGUCAACAGGGGGUCCACAGAAAAUGAUUCUUACUUCAUCUCAGGGAAGUCCAAUAAGAGGAAACUUGAAGCUGGUUGUGAAGGGCCAGCAGGGAAAUGUCAUAAUUCCUUUUUCAUCUAGUUCUGGAGUUUCUGCCCAGCAAAUGCAACAAAUUUUCUCAAAUGCUAGCAUCAGUAACAAAACCCCCCGACGUCCAAAUUUGACACCUUCACGAUCAAAUAGUUUCAAAAAACGUUUUUAA